CAGUCAUACCGGAUAUCGUCGUGCCCCUACUCGCUUGUCUUCUUCCAACGCUACGCAGUCGUCUGUAAGAUGAAUUUCUGCUUCUUUCUUGUGUCUUGUUUGCUCAUUGUGGCUUCUGUCUGUUCACUGAGAACUAACAAUUCUCAUUCAGCGAUGCGGCCAGCGGAUCGGAUUUGCAAACCAGGACGGCCAUUGAAAAGAACUCCAGGGAAAAUCAGCUGCCUUAUUAUUGGCGAUUCUAUAAGUAUUGGGUAAUGUUUUUAAAUGACUAAACUUCAGUGUUGCUAAAGCUUAUGCUUAUUUCAGCGUUGGGACCAACGUGUAAUCCCGUAAAUGCCGACGGAGUUUGACGGGAGUUUCACCUUGUGUCCUUAUUAUAAACGUAAUGGUGUUAUCAGGGGGCGGAAAUUGCAGACGUUUCAAUUCAAUUCCGUUCAAGCAGAGCCCUUGCCAAGGAAAAAAACGGCUUUCAUUCUAAUUCACUUGAACGUGGACAGCUAGGAGCGCAGGAAAAAGAUCUGCAUCGCAAAAAAAAACCGAGAGCUGAGAAAAUUGCUUCUAAUGAUAUUCGAGAAGCUCUCGAUCUGACCUUGACUGGAAAAAUCAUUACGUGACAGUUCGAACGAAGAGUAAGGCAUCAGGGCCUGUUUACAUGGGGUGAGCGAGCCCAGUUUGGAUCCCGGUUGCUCGAGCAGAGGCCUAGGCAUGCGGGUCAACCGGCACUCUCAUGUAAAACACAACGGUUAAGCGUGCCAGCCCGGCUAUGGCUCACUUCAUAUAAACAGGUCCUCAGACCUCGGAGUUUUUAAGGCACUAGGGACCAUAGCUAGCCAACCUUGCAGACGUAAUUUAACUUUGGUUAGUAACCAGAGUUUAGUUUCAUCUGUGGCGCAGACUGGCGCUAGACCAUAGCCUAUGAGCAAGCUCCCUACAGGGGGAGUCGCGAGAAGUCAUGGGAGGGGCGCACGAGAAAGGAGAUGCGAGUGCUAGGGGUGGGGAAAGGAGAGCAUACGCCAUAUCAGGGCGCCAUUGCCCGAUAACUCCUUGGAACUGGAGCCGUUUCGGCGGAAAGAUAUAUCAAGUGAUCAGAUAUAGAGAGAAAAUUGAAGGGCCAGGCGUUAAAAAAAGAAAAAAGUGACUCAGAGAUACAUGGAGGUGGGGCAGGCAAUCUCUUAGUCUGCUACACAGCCGUUUUUAGUGUCGUCACGCAAAGCUUCUAGUGGGGAGGAGCGUUGCGUGACGACUCUAAAAACGGCUGUGUAGCAGACUAGCAAUCUCUCCCUUGGAAUCAUAUUUUGACUCGCCCCAACUCUCGGUCAGUUUGAAAGUCCAAAUCGAUCGCACAGCAAAAUGGGCAAAAUACGCCUGCUAUGCCGGCUAAAAGAGCCCACGACCAGAGACUUUCACAGCUGAAACGUCUACAUUUGAUAACGUGUACAGCUAUUUUGGUCUGAGUCCGGUCUAGAUAGGCUUUGCUAGAUUGUGCUUGCAUAAUUUUUGGCAUAAUUCUUCAUCAUUACGAGCAUAAUUUUCAUCUACGAAAAAAAGCACUGCUUGAAUAAUUUGGACUUUUGGCUAAAUGGGCAGAACAAAAUUUCCUUUUAUUAAUCAUUCACCCAUUUUGCCCGAGAUCAGUGUUACAGGUAAGUUUAAGUGACAAAAUCACUAGAAAUGAUCUACGACACAUUCAAUGACCGCACAGACAAGAUAGUGGUUUAUUUCACUGUUUAUUUCUGCGGCUGUAGCUUCGGUGAAAUUCCGAUUGUGCUGAAGCUGUUCGGCUCUUUCGGUCUGUUUUCCCCUUGCCUGAUAGAAGAUUUAUUUGCGCAUAAGGAUUUCAAACGGGCACUGUUUUCAAAAAAUAAUAAACUUGUCGAUGAAAAUAAAAUUGUUAUGAGAGACGAUUUCUCACCUUGCUGUUUGCACGCGCUCCCCCUGCUUAAUGCCGGUAACAAAGUCCAUCAAAUAUAUAAACACUUCUAAUGGACGAAUUUUUUUUCAGUAAAGCAAAUCCAGGUAUGAACUACAGAUCGCUUUCACUAUGAGAUAAAAACAUACAUAUAAACCAAACAGUGCAUAAAAUCUUAUGAGAAGCAGGAAAUUAGUCGCCGCUCAAAGUCGGCUAGGUCGCACGAUCGUCUCCGAAUCGCGAUAAACUUCUUGAAAUUGCCUUAUGAAGCCAAUAGCAAGCAUCUAAGGCCACUAUGAGAUCUUGAAAAUUCUCGAAAUCGCUCUCUUCAGAAAUGUUUUUCGGAAAAGGCAGCAGUGUUUUGAUCCCUGGGUCUGAUUCAUUUCUCUCGACCGUGUCACGAUUGAAAUGAGGCACAGUAACAGUUUUACCCAUGAACCUUUGUGGGCCCUGACGCACACCGCCUGAGCAUAACUAGAUUGGGUACCCAAAAUGGCGUCCGCGUGCUGGUUGUUGAUUGUUCCAGUUUCUAUAGUCGUCAGACUAUGAGUUAUGCGCUCUUGAAGUUACUAGAAUGAUGGAAACAGGGUAGACGUGUUUUCCGUUUACUUGUAUGUUGCAUAGGUAUUGAGAUGUUUUAACCAAAGUUAAAACAUGAUUUCUCCAUUUUUUGCAAAAACUAGCGCAAUUAGUAUAGGUAAUAGCAUGAUUUGUAGUGAUAUGUGGCAUAAAAACCACGAGUGAUAUUUCAAAAUUGUUAUACGUCACGAGUGGUAUUUACGCCAAAUAUCACGUACAAAAAAUGCUAUUAUUUGUUUAUACUACUACCAGCAAAAGGUUUGUAAUUAUCACAUGUAGGUAUUUCAAAUUAAGCUGAAAUACCACUGCUCUAAGCCAAUCACAUUGCAGAAAUUUCUCACGUAGUAGUAUAAAUCCAUUUAAGAACUCUUCAUUUUUCAGAUCGCUUUUGAGAAAAAAAAAGAAGGAAAAGAAAAGAAACAUUAACGGUCUAAAUGUACAAACGACAUGAGUCCACUGGGAGUAUUAGCCUGCGCUGUUUGGAGCCCAGAACAAGAACAUAGGCACUGCUUCGCAGACGUUACUAACCAAGGUUGAAUUACCUCUGCGACGCGGGCUAUGGGAUUGUAAGAACACUAUUACAAAGAAACUGCAUGUUUUAAUUACGUUCGUGAUACGCAGCUUCAUUCCCCGUUGUCCUCGGCGAUUUCGGAUGUGACGUCACCUGUCAAGCUUGUGGGGAAAAUUUACUCGGUCCCAAGAAGAAGAAGUCCAAAGACUACUGCAAAGCUGAUUUAAAACAACGUAUAUUGUUUUUUAUAACAAUAUUUCGGCUGGCCAUACCAGCCUUCUUCAGGUUUACAGAUGUUACUGAACUUAUGUAGCAAUCACAAUAUUAUAUAAAUGGAGAAUGUCGCAAUAAAAGGGAGAGGCGGAAAUGACGUACAAAAUAAAACAAUAUACGUUGUUUUAAAUUAGCUUUGCAGUAGUCUUUGGACUUCUUGUUCUUGGUUCUUUAUAUUUUGGCUGAUUUGAUCUCUUUUCUAGAGAUCCAACGUUAAACAACUAGCAGGAUCUUCGUCCACGGUUUUUGCAGCUAAUUUAAUCUUUUAUUACUCGGUCCCAAGCCUCUUCUGGUCACUCGGAUAGCGCGAACUGGCCUGAACGAGGCUGCGUGAUACGGAUUUUAAUGCAUAGGGACACGACAUCUGACUGUCAUUCUCUUUUCGUUUUUAUAGUUACACUCCUUGGGUGGCUAAAAUGCUUGGUCCCGACUAUCAAGUCCAGCAUGCUCCUUGGGAUCAUUCGGACGGAGGUGCUCUCGACUCUAAAUAUGGUCUUCAAUGUCUUAAUUUGUUUCUGUCUACCGCCAUGUUGGAGCCAACGAGUUAUGACGUCAUCAUCUUCAAUUUCGGCCUGCACGACAUCAGCUAUGGCGGUAUUUUUCCAGAGGAGCAUGUUGCUCCAGUGGCGUACGCUAAAAAUCUCGCAGAUAUCAAGUCAAUACUUCUUUCGACGAGGGCCAAAGUUGGAUAUGUUCUUACGACGCCAGUACCCUACAACAUCACCCUAAAUAAUCGCGUCAAACAGUACAAUAUUAUAGCACGCGAUGUGAUGAAUGAAGAGCCUGCAAUUGCUACCGCUGACCUGUAUACUUGGGUUGUAGAAGCGUGUGGUGAUCCACCAUACCUACAUUGUCUUAUUGCAGACAAACAACCGAGCCCCCAUUACACGAGUCAGGGGUACGAGUACCUGAGUGAGAGAAUAAAAGACCUGAUCCAAGAUCUCUUCCAGGGCCUACACGACAAUAUUAUCCCCAAGAAACCGAGAAACAAUUCUCAAUUCACUGACGACAUCACACAAAGGAAACUGGCAAAUUCUUGCUCGCAGAAAAGAGCAAAAUCAUUGGUGAGAACUGUUUUCUUUAAGAAGUUACCCUAACUACCCGCUACAUAAUAAUUAUUGGAAGAAUCUGAGUUUGAUUUGAAAAAUUAUGUUCCGCUUUUAGCAACCUCCGAGAUCUGCGAAAUUUCUAUAUCAUGAUAAGAUAGCCAGAUUAAAAAAAUGUUGUAUUACUCACUGAAAAUGCUUCCAAGCUCAUAACCUACUUAGCUCUUAAACAAACAGCAGCUAGAGCAACUCCUGUUUUAAAAGACUCUUUCCACUACAGACUUACCGACACUUUUUCCUGCCUUCCCAACAUCACAUUUUUUUUUCCUUUCUAACUCUUGUUGAAUAUAUUUUCCGGCGUCAAGUCUGACUAAAUGUUUCCUUUUCUUGGAUUGGUACUUAUGCCAAGGUUAAACCGAAGAAAUUGAAUAUUUAUACUUCUCUAGUGCAAAGGUUUUUAAAUACGUUUCUUCUCGAACCUCGCCUUUACGAAGUGGCCACUAUAGCUCGCGCUGGCGAUGGUGUCUGCAAUAGCUUCCGUAAGUUUACAGCAAACUUCAUUUUUUUUUCAGAUAACAGACAAACCUGUUGUUUCCUGUACAGACAAGACUGGCAAGGUAGUUACAGUCUGCCCCUACAACUCCACGUGCUGCGACUCGUUGUAUUCUUCAACAGGACAAGGGUGUUGUCUUACACCGCAAGCCGUCCCGUGUGGGGACGGGAAACAUUGCUGUCCCGCGGGUUUCGAAUGCGAUUCCAGCUGUUCAAUUUACACGUGUUCAUGUAAGGAAAAGAUGUGAACACUUAUCUUCUCCGAAGAAAAAUCAAAGGGAAAUUUUAUAGAGGAAGUUAACGCGAUUAACUAAAAGAACGUCAAAUACACUUUUUCUACAAUCGUUUUGGAACAUGUAUAUUAUUCAUAGGGUCUUUGGUACAGUUCUUUUAGUGCUAAACAGGAG